AUGUCGCGCAGAUUUCCACCUUUCUCACCAGUCGGUAUUCCGAGCCGUUUCUUCGAUGACUUCAGAGAUUUGGACUUCGACCGUCAUUUUGUGCGACCAUAUUGGACUGAGAAGACGCUAGCCGAUGCACAUAAAUUCGGUGAAGGCGUUGGCGAUAUAACCGACAACGAAACUGAUUUCUCAAUCACUUUCGAUGUAUCGCAUUUUGCACCCGAAGAACUGAAGGUGAACAUCGACGAUAACGUGUUGGUUGUUGAAGGAAAACACGAAGUGAAAACUGAUAAAUACGGAGAUAUUGAGAGACAUUUCGUUCGACGCAUCAGAUUGCCGAAGAACACAAAACCAGAGAAUGUCACCAGUGAGUUGACCAAAGAGGGAAUGCUCACCGUUCAAACACCCAAAAACGUAAAAGAGCCACCGAGAAGUCGAACGAUUCCAAUUCUUCGAAAAGUUGAUUGA